CUAUAUGGACGUUGUUGUUCGUUUUGCCAGCUCUAAUAUAACAAACGAAAUGCUUCGGGACAAAUUUUUUAUUAAGUUGCUCGCCAUUAUAUACAUCGAACGAAACAGAAUGGUAAAAUCGUUAUCGAUAUGCAUAUGGAAGAUGAUAACCUGAAAGCCCCGUUGCACGAAUCGCAUUAUCGCAGCACGAUAAGUUUGAGGUUAUGUUUAUUCGCGCGCGAGCGGCUCGCUUGCGAGGAAAAAAUUAUAGUGGCAACGUUUUGAGCGCGAUUUGAAUUACACAUGUGCCCGCGCGAAAGAAUGGAAUCGCUGCGUAUAUUUCACAAUUUCAAGUUGGACACUCUCGACGAGUUUUGGAUUAAGUCGGUAUGGGACGCCGAGUUCUUACAUUACGAAGAACCACCUGAUGACUACUUGGAAUAUCUCGAAAGCGAUGAUAUGAGGUUGCUGCUACGUAAGUGUCGUCAUAUCCUGAAAAAAUGGAUCACAACGAACUGCAAUAAUCCACUCGAUUGUGAAUCGUCUAAUUUUUCAUGGGAGAAUCUAAUGAUCCUGAACAUCAACGUGCAAGGCCUGCUGCCUGUGCUAGAUUACAUAAUGAAGACCGGUCAACGUGUCAGCACCGACGAGGCAUCCAAGCAAGCUUGCCUGGAAGCGACGAGUCUGUAUCUCAUGCUUCUCACGAUACCUGGUAGCAAUGCAUUUCGCAUCUAUCACCCCAAUUUGUAUGAGCGAACGAUGGAUACAUUGAAGAUGUCAGACUGUAUAUUUUCUUCUAGGAAAAAGAAAACUAAGGAGAUGGAUACAGUGAUUAAUUCCAGUAUUGACGAUGAGUCCUCAGUUUAUGAAAUACUGUCACAUUCCGAAAAGUUGACACUUGUGGAAGGAAUAAAUAGAAUUAUCUCUGAUCUUAUUACAAUGCUCAAGUUAUUCAAAUUAAAAGAACGCACAGGGUCCUUGGGCCUCACGAUACAAAGGCUGCUACAGAUCACAAGAUUGGAGAUGCAUGAUAUAUCAUACAGUCAUGCUAAAAACAUGGAUUAUAGAGUAUCUUCAUUAUCUAAGAAUGCGUUUGAGGCUCUACAAGAGUUAUGUAAUAGUGAUCAUGGGGCUAUCUCUUUAACCAUAAUGUUAAUAGCUCAAUCCAUGCUACCUUAUUUGUUAUUUCCUCAUUAUACCAAUAGUUAUGAAACAAAAAUAGUUAUCAGAAAAAAAUUGCUGAUGACUAUGCACAAGGCAGCUAUAUAUUUUCUGAAAGAUCUGUUGAAGAUUCACAAGGAGGAAGCCAGACAGGGAAUCAUAACUCUGAUACAUCAGUUGAUGGUGAACUGUCCAGAGAGAGCAGAAGGACGUCAGAGACAAGCAGACAUUGUAGUGAAGCUAUUAAAUAUAUGCAACAAAAGUAUCAUUGAGAAUGUUCUCAAAGACUUGAUAUUAUAUUCGUACAAUGGUAAAAUCUCUUACAGACUGUUCGCGCAAGAGAUCAUCGGGAAACUCUUAAUCGAGCCCACAUUGUUACACAAAGCUUUGCAUGAAGACAAGAGAAUGAAAAUGAGGAAAAUCUUAAUAACUGUCGUGAUGUCACGUUGCAAAGAUCGCUCGCCCAUGGUAAGAGGAAGAGCAAUGGCCACGCUCGCGUUAAUCUCUGAUUGCAACGACGACGCUGACAAAGCUAUCCUUGAAAAUAUAUUCAAAGAUACGGUCACGGACAAGCGCUUUUUUGUCAUUGACGACUUGCAGACGGUUAUAAGGAAAAAUGUGAAUCCCCUGCCGGGAUCAGAUACGUUAAUCACCAUGUUGCUGGACAGAGUGAACGACGAGCGCGCGUUUGUGCGGCGAAGCGUCCUGAAGAUCCUACGGAACCUCUCCGUCAUGCUGCCAUCGCUCGUGGACCGCAUGACGCCCGUGAUAAGCGAACGUUGCAGGGAUCCUACCUUAGUGGUGCGCCAGUUCGCAGUGCACGUCUUGUCUGAGAUGUUGGAGCAAUUUCCACAUAACCCGAAACUCUUACACGAGUGGACGCAGGCGGUGAUGCCGCAGAUCUUUGACGUCGAAAACAAAGUGCAGGAAAAGGUGUUGGAGUGUCUGUACAAUGUACUGAUCAAAAAGAUUACUAGUGCCUUGGUAUACAAACCGAGCAAUGCGAACAACCUACCAUGGAGAGUGCUGGACAAAUUGAGCAAUAUAAGAAUGAGGAAGCAUCUGUCGAAGGCCUGCAGUCUGUGGGUGAAGAAUGGUGUCAUCACGAAGUCCGUGAUCUCGAAUGUGCAGUCACACAUCGGCACCGACAACACAAUAGGCGCAUGGAUAUUGUUGGCCGCCUUGGUCGAGAACAUGAAGAUCUUGAGUAUAAGGAGACAUAUCGCCGAUUAUAAAGACGUCAUCUGCAAGAACGACUUCCACGCGAGCUUGGUUUUGCAUGUUUUGCGACACGUCUGGUCUUAUUUGGAUCGUAAGUGCCUCGAGGAUCUUCACCAGUACAUCUUCGAGCGUGCCUGCCACUUCGAGAUCAGCUUCAACCUGAUCAGCAUAUGUUUGGACAUCUUCAGUAGUGUGCUGCGACACUUGCACGCCAACAAGAAUAACAAUUGUGUAGAGGAGGCAGUAGCGAAACUAAUGAUCCUUUCGGAAGCGAAGGUGCAGAACAUGCUGAAGGAAAAGGAAGAUGACGCACAGGGUAUGAUAAGAGCCAUUUUCACCCUGGGCCAUGCGUCGCUCCUGUGUACUAACAAGAUCUCGUCGUCGACGUUGUGGUUUCUACGAAAACUGUUAUUGAAUUCGGAGUCAUUGCCAAAGAGUGUGAACAACAUAAAAGGCCUGCAGACAUCUGCGGUGGUGUUGCUCUGUCAGCAGGCGCUGAGGGACCGUGAGAUCGCAAAGAAGAUCACGCCGAUACUCGGCGAACUGAUAUGCCGUGAGACGAGUCCAGACUCGUCGGCAGAGAUUGCCGUGAAAAUAAACGCCGCAAAAGCAUUGGCUGACAUUUGUGUGAGAUUCACUGCGCUGGUGGAGCCGUAUCUGCCGGACAUGUGCGUCAGCAUGAAAGACCCGAGUCCAGCCGUGCGAGAGGCUAUAGUGGUGAUAUUUAUCCAACUGCUGCUUGAGGAUUUCAUCAAGAUCAAGGGGUCGUUUUUCUUUCAUAUACUGACAAUGCUGUUGGACACGGACAACAUGAUACGCGAACUCACGAUUUUCUUGAUAGAAGAGAGACUCCUGAAAAAGAACAAGAUGUUGAUCUCGCAGCAGUUCCUCGAGAGUAUAUAUUACUACAACAAUUACAACGUCCCAAGUACGUUCUGUGGUUACAGAAUGUGCGACACAAAGAAGAAGAUACUGACAAUGCCUGGAAAAGCGAACCGGGACAAGCGCAAUGUCGUGUACAAAUUCAUGCUGGAUCACUUGGACCCUCCCGCGAAGUUCCAGCUGGUCGUGAAAUUAACCAAGUACAUACUUUGCGAGAUAUGCGACGGAAAUUCUAUCGACCUUGAAAAAGAGGAGGGCGCGUGUGUGUUACGAGACACGAUCUGCAUAUUAUGUAACGAUCGACUUCAGGUGUCGUCCUUCGCAGAGAAGAAUAAGUUUGAAAUACUGGACGAAUCAACAGAGCUCGAUGAAACAAAUCUUUCUCAACCGAGCACCUCCACCAGCACCAAUAAUAACAAUGCGACGAACGUCUUCGUAACGGCAAUGAAGAAGUAUCACUUGGACAGCUUGCUGCCCACAUUGAUCACGUUAAAGAAAAGAUUUAACGCGUCCAAGUCAAGAUUGGAAAGCGAGGUGGAGAAAUUGUUGUAUAAGAUUUAUUCGGAUCACGAUAAAGAUAAUCUACUCAUUUUGCUGGAUGAAUACCCUGAAUUGGAAAAAGAUAUGGAGCGUUAUCGGAAAAUGAAGGAUACAACCACUCAUUCAGAAAGCGACAGCGAUACUUGCGAUAGUUCGUCACCGAUGACACCCACGACGAGCCACAGAGAUUUGUUACUGGACGCGUGUAAGCGAACACCAGCACGAGCACUUAAUUCACUUUCACCUUCACCCUCGAGGAUACCAACCAAUACAAAUGAUAGAUUGGAUUCUAAUAACGAUUCGCCAAAUCUAUCUUACUCUAAGUUCAUUAAGAAUGUGUCAGUACGUCUGGAGAGAAUCCCACUGACAGGAUUGUCUUCAGGGUUGAGCCUUAGCACCAGCACGCCCAGAUUGAUUCAGCAUUCAAAUCCCGGCACUAGCUACUCUUCCACUUGCAUUGUGCGAAUCAAGAGACCGUCGAGCGAGCUAGGAAUGUCAUCGAGCAGCGUUCGGAAAAUUUCGAAGAGUAGCGUGAGCAGAUUGUAAUCGCUUACCAAAUCGCGAUUACCACCGUGAUUCGCGCCACUUGGACGUUCAUUGUCGCAUGAAUUCCGUCACAAGUUCUCUCCACGUACAAAAUUGCUUACCUCGUAAUUUUCGCUGAAUGUGAAAGGCCGUCUCCGAGAUCGUGCACGUGCGAGCUUCCAGUUCCUUUUGUAUAUCUGCAAAUAUCGUAUAACAUACAAGUACACACUGCACACUCACACAUGCAUACAUGUGAAUUAGACUCACGUAGUAAUUCACUGUCGUUUGUUGUCGAAUCGCUUACCUUUGUUCGUGUGCGACAAAAUAUUAUUUUGCAAAUCCUUUACAAUUUUCGUAUUUUCGACUAUAAGAUGGAGUAAUGCACGGAUUUCCUCUGCCUAUAUCAACAUGACACGUUAUGUCUUUAUUAAGCAUAUCAAACCAUCAUCCUGUGUAUAUAAAUGUUUUUCUUAUUGCUGCAUCGCGUUAGAACGGUCUUUACGAUACGUACUUCGUCCAACAAUACUUUCAGUUUUCUAUUCUGGGCUAUUUGAAUGUGCACGUCUUGCAAGAAUCCUCUGCCAAAGGUGCUGCUAUUACUUCGGCUCUGAAA